GUUUUACUAUGAUCUGGUUAAGAUCUGAUGAGUAACUGACAGAUGACAGGAGGUUUUGGGGUGGGGUGUAGAGACACACGAGACCCUCACAGUCUGUCUAUUAUUGUCUUUCAGUCACUCGUUCGUUCGGUCUCUUACUAACUUCACUGCUUUCACACAACUUCUCUGGAUUUAGUGAAAGUUUAGUGUCAAAUCUCUUGCGGAUAUCAUCAUGGAUAUGUCAACACAACAUGAGAACGGCGAGCUGGGCCGAGACAACGGCCUUCAGUACACAGAGAUUUCUGAGGGAUCCGAGAUGCCUGUGAUAAAAUCACAAAGACGACGGAGUGACGUGAAAGUCUACAAAGAGUUUUGUGACUUCUACGUGCGCAGCAACAUGGCCAAUGCUUUGGCCAAUGCGAUCUGUGAGCGCUGCAGGAGCGGCUUUACUCACACUGAGAAGAUUGUCAACAGUAACGGUGAGCUGUAUCAUCAGCAGUGCUUCACAUGUGCGCAGUGUUUCCAACAGUUAGAGGAGGGACUCUUUUAUGAGUUUGAAGGCAGAAAAUACUGUGAGCAUGAUUUUCAAAUUCUGUUUGCUCCCUGCUGUCAGCAGUGUGGAGAGUUCAUCAUUGGUCGAGUGAUAAAGGCUUUGAACAACAGCUGGCACCCGGACUGUUUCUGCUGUGAUAUCUGUCAUACGGUUCUUGCUGACGUGGGCUUUGUGAAGAAUGCUGGCAGACAUCUGUGUCGUCCAUGUCAUAAUGGCGAGAAGGCUCAUGGUCUGGGAAAAUACAUCUGUCAAAGGUGUCACACCAUCAUUGAAGAGCUUCCUCUUAUUUUCAAGAAUGACCCUUACCACCCUGAUCACUUCAGCUGCUACAACUGCGGUAAAGAGCUGAGCGCUGAUGCGAGGGAACUUAAGGGUGAACUCUAUUGUCUCCCGUGCCAUGAUAAAUUGGGUGUGCCAAUUUGUGGUGCCUGCAGGAGACCCAUAGAAGGGCGAGUGGUGAACGCUAUGGGCAAACAAUGGCAUAUUGAGCAUUUUGUGUGUGUUAAAUGUGAGAAACCGUUUCUCGGUCAUCAACAUUAUGAACGCAAAGGGCUGGCGUACUGUGAGACUCACUACAACAAGCUCUUCGGAGAUGUUUGUUUCCACUGCAACCGCGUCAUUGAGGGACAAGUUGCGUCUGCAUUGAAUAAGGCCUGGUGUGUCAACUGCUUUGUCUGUACCACUUGCAACUCCAAGCUGACUCUCAAGGAUAAGUUUGUGGAGAUCGACCUGAAGCCAGUGUGUAAGCGCUGCUACGAACGAGUGCCAGAGGAGAUGAAGAGACGCUUGGCCAAGCGUGAACGAGACUCGAAGGACAAGAAAAAGAAAAUUCCCAUCUGUCUGUAACCUGUAAUCCGUCUUCACGUUUGUUGUUUGUUUGGAUUUGGUCUGGAUCUUUUCUUCCUCUUGUGAUUUGUUCUGUAGAUUUGACAUGUUUCUAAAGCACACAACAUGGUGAUACCAUUAAUGUCUUGUAUAGCUCACUCAAAGUAUCAUUUUCAUAAAUCUUUAACUUUAUCCAGGUAAAAUUAAAACACAGUUGAUUUGGUGAGUGUUGUGGCAAAAAGUCUUAGCUUGAAUCUUCAUAAGAAAAAAUACUCAGGAGACAAAGGUUCCAGGUGCCAAACAAAAAUUACUUUAUUUGCUCGAGCCAACAAAGUGAGACAAUCAAAACCCCUCAAAGAGGUACUCAAAGAUCAUCUGCCCUCCCAACAUCUGACUCCAUUUUUAUACAGUAAGAUCAAACACUUCUUAUCUGAGAUGACGUAUACUCUUCUUAUUGGUCUCGGUCUGCCACAAUUAAUUUUAUUUGUUUGAUGUAGCAAAAGUGCAGCUGAAUCCUUCCUCAUAUCUAAAAUGAUAUAUUCUGCUUAUUGGUUUUCAUGGCCUUGGCCUAGCUUGCACAGAUACCUUAUUGUUAAUGUAGCGAAGUACAGCUGGACGAAUUCUCUAAUCUAAAAUGACGUACUCUUGUUUAUCAGUUGUUUCGA